AUGGAGAGUCCAGAUCUGUCCAAGGCCGACUUGGCCCGCGACCUGCCAGACCUCCCACCAAUCCCCACAACGCCCAGACGGAGCGCUAGUGCCGCUGUCGGCAACACGGCGAGGACGCCAACUACACCAAUGAGGAGUGCAUCGGCCAGAGUGACGAUCAAAGAGCCCAGCAUGACGCCUCGGGUGAAGAAGAAGAUCCCUUGGAAGGGCAAGAAUAUUAUGGUUCUUCUUCCCAAAGACGAGGAACGCGGACGUCCCGGCCAUGCACCCAAGCCGUUGAAUCAGAACGAAAUCGAGGGCAUGUUUAGAUCGUGGGAAGAGCUUGGAUACGAUAUCAGUGGCUUCGAUUUGGAUCUUGCGGAGGGCACGUACCAAGCCCCCACUGGAUACUCCCAGAGUCGAGACGCUUGGCCUAGCCCCGAGGACCUUGUUCGAGAACGUGCGCAACAUACAUACAAAGUCACAUUGCCUGAUUUGAACGCUUGGAGAGACUACGUCAAUGAGCUUAACGAAGCCAAGUUGCGAGCUCUUGGAGUGUCAUUCGGCGACGACGAUCCCCCGGCGCCUUCAAUAUCUCCUGCAGUAUCACAGCCCAGCCGACAAGCCUCUGCGCAAUAUCCGCCUUUACCAUUUUCUCCGCCAUUGCCUAAAUCCUCAGCAUCGAGCAAUCAUGUGCAAGGCUAUCCAUUCCCGCCGCAGUUCAUACCCGGUGGGCGUUCUUCUGCAGGUCACAGUCACAGCCCGAGCAUGGCCUCGCCGAUUGGCUUCGGUAGUCACCCUGCCAAGUACAAUAAUCGACAGUCGAUUUCGGUUCCCAUGGGCCACUCGCCUUUCCAGAUGCCAGGCCAACCAUCGCCUCUAGGCUGGCCAGGUCCGCAUAGAACAGAGUCGCCUAAUUUGCUGAACGGAAUCCUCUCUCCAGUCUCCCCUUUUAUGCCCGAAGGGUUUGCGCCGACUGGCAGCCCUGCUUUCAAUGCGCACCAGCGUCACCAAUCUUUGCAGUACCCUAUGAUGCCCCAUCAGCAGUUCAUGCAGCAGCAACAGCAACCCGCGCGCGCAUCACCUCGUCUGCAAGAGGUGCGAGAAGACGAAGAGGAAGAGGAGGAGGCACACGAAGAGACAAACAUGAAGCCCGCAGAGCCUGCACAAAUCAACGACGAUGACCUCCAGGCAGAGAUUGACGAGGCCGAGUACCACUUGGAGGAGCAGAUGCGCAACGAGUUGGAGCACGAAGACUACAGCCCCCAUAACGAGGAAGCUGCAGCUGAGCAGCUGGCCAACUUCUCUCAACAGCAGCCUCUUGCGCAUGCCAGAGAAGCAUCGGUCCAGUUCCAAGCACCCCAGCAGCUUCCCAAGCAGUUCGGUCCUCAAGGCGGCGAUGGCCCUGUCCUUCACCACCCGCGCCCUCACAGCCGUGGCCACUCUUUGUCCCAGAACUUCUUCUCUCACCAUGACGAGACCCGACCCCGCGGCGAUAGUUUGGCCGGAUGGCACGAGGUUGACGCACAGCGGAUCGAUGAGGCGGCGGAGAUUGAGACCAACCCUAGCAAUCUCGGUACACCCGUACAAGAUUUCAGCCUCACAACGCUCUUGCAGCAGCACCAGCGAUCGUUCUCCACAACGAGCAAUCCUUGGAACGAUGUCUCGUCAAUGUCAAGCAACUCUGGCAUGCCGAGGAGACCCAGCCAUGCCAGCAAGCCCUCGCUCUCCAAGCUCAACGUCAAGGCACCCGAGUUCAAGUUUAACCCAGGCCACGAGUCGAAGACGAGCUUCACUUUCGGUGCUGGUAGCAACAGCUUCCAGCCUUCAGUCUUCCAGGCCGGCGGUGGAUCAUUCGCCCCGUCAGUCACUUCCCCGUCAGCAGGCUCAUUUGGUGCAGGGUCCAUGUCGUCCAAGAUUAAUGCCGCGGCCCCUAGCGACUUUAGCUUUUCUGCCUCUGGUCCCAAGUUUCGACCGGAUGCACCCGCCUUCACACCCUUUGGAAAUGUUUCGGAUUCUGUCACCAGCCCUGUCGAGAGCGCUGGAAACCGGACUAGCUCGAUUUUCGGCAACAUUGAUCUGAACCUUUCUGACAUUAAGUCAAAGGCCGUCCCAAUUAUCCGUCCCAGCAGCAGCGAUAACAACCAUGAUGAAUCUCAAGACGAUCUUCCGGAUGAUGCAGAUGGUCGCUUGAUUGACGAAUCUCGCUUCAAGAGGGCAAAGGCGUCAAGAGGAGACGAGGACGAUCCAUCGCCCGAACCUACUACGUUGCAGUCGCUCCAGCCAAGGAAAGAGGAGCAGGAUGCCUCUGACGAGCAAGCUUACACGCCCGCCGACACUACCAUGUCUUCCACCCACCCCGCCGACUCCAAGGCUGUCACGGCUACUAGCCCCUCGGAUACUUCGCCUGACCAGCAGCACCUGAACUGGGCGCCCUUCGAAUUUGACUCAAACAACGAUGUUCAAAGCUUUGCUGAAGCCCGACCUUUUGGUAUUGACACGUACAAGAAGGGCCACAACAAAGCUUUCAUCCCCGGCGGCGGUUGGGCGCCUACUCCGGCAACCGAAACCGAUGAAGACGAGGAGGAUGAGCGUGACAGAGAGGACACCGCACCUGCUCCGGUUUCGCCACCUCGCGAGCCAUCUCCUCGGGCACCGACACCUCCCAACCCGCCCAAGACCAAGGGUCUUUCCGCGUCUCGGUUUGCUGCGUCUCCGUCACCUGCGCAGGAUGAUUACGAAGACUCUCUGGAAGAGGGAGAGAUCCCUGAGGACUAUGGAGAAGAGUAUCUCGAUGAGCCCAAUGCCCACGAGUUCACUUUCCCGUCCAAUAAUGAGCAACAUGAGCCAACUUUCGAGGAGAUUGAUGAUAUCAUGAAUCACCUCAACCAGAAUGAUCCGACAUUUGGUGCCAACGAUGAGGCCACCAGAUGGCACCAGCCCAGCCCUAACAGACAGAUCCAGGUCGCUGGCGUUACCAACUUGUCGCCCCAAUACCGCAGCGGAACUUCCAGCCCUGUGCGCCAAUACCAUGGCCUCCCCGCCGACAACUCGGCUAUGCCGACUACGGAAUUGGAGGACCCUUUUUCAUUCGAUGCUCCGAUUACCCACCUGAGUGCUGCACAGAGCGAUUGGGAAGGUGCUUUCAGCGACGAAGAGCAAGCCAAGUUGGAGCAGCGCGUCCAGUUCUUCGACGCCGUCGGCGAUCUGCUUUCCGCUCGCUUGGGUCCCCUGGAGAAGACCCUGCUGUCCAUCAAGCAGUCCCUCCGAGGCGACAGAAGAGCUUCUGUCUCUGCCGAUAUUCAACACAAGCCCGUGCCUCGUCGCUCGCUUAGUCCGCGCCGCGACAAGCGCAUGGAACAAAUCCGUGCUGCUGUACUCGAUGCUUUUGCUCGUGGUGCCGCUUCCGUGCCUCAAAUUUCCGCACCUGUUGCCGACGAGCCCUCUAGUACUGCUGCUUUGGAGGAGAUGAGAGAGCAGUUUGGCGCUUCGAUGCGCCUUGAUUUCCGCGGCGAAGAUCUACGAAACAUUGUCGAAGAAGCUCCGACCGCAGAUCGUGAUCAUGAUGAGGCCGCCAAGGAGCGCCUCUAUGUCGAGCGUAGCAAGACUGAGAAGGAGCUCGACAGAAAGCUUCAGGCCGCCGAAACUCGCGUUGAAGUCGAGAUCAUGAACAAGAGCAUUUUCGAUCAUCGCGAUAAGCUUCGACACCAGGAAGAGCGCACUCAAGCAGAGCUUGACGGUCGCCGAACCGCCGAAGAUAGACUCUCUGAGGUUCAGCGUCUACUCCAGGAGGAAGUCGAGGAGCGAGACCACAAGCUCAAGGCCUUUGAACAGGCCGCUUCCAAGCAGACGAUGCGCAUGGCACUCAUGGAGGCUUCUCAAACCAACGCUACCCAGGCGCAGACCGAACUUACCAACAAGAUCAACGCUAUGGAGGACGAGGCUAACCGCUGGAGAUCCGAGACAGAGCGCGUGGUUGAGAGUGCCCGCAGACAACAGAUCGAUCUCACCGAGACACUCCAAGAGAACAAGGCCAUGCAGAAGUUCAUUGACACCCUUGGAACUCAGCUUCAGGAGAACGAGCGCGUCAGGGAAAGCUGGCGUGCUAAGUUUGAAGACAUGGCCAAGGCAGCCCGCGACAUCACCGAGGAGAAUGCUCGUCGCACCAAGCGGGAGCAGCAACUCGUUGCUCGUCAGGAGCUCCAAGCCGAGGCCCCCGAAAUGGAGAGACUCGAGAACGGUGAACGCCAAGGCAUGCGCGCCUGCAAGCGUCUCGAGGGUCUGCUUGGCGAGAUGAAGACCGAGAACCACAAGCUUCACCACGAGUUCAAGGAGGCGAGAGAGUCUGGCAUUGCCGAGCGCGAGAUUGACGAAGCCAACCACCACGUCAAUGCUGUUCGUGAAGAACUCGAGGAGCAGGUCGCUAAGCUUAGAACCGAAGCCAACAUGGACGCUCAGUCUGAGAUGAUGAUGGAGGAGGCUCAGACCAGCAAGACCGAUGCCAUUGAGGAACUCAAGCGCAAGCACCAGAACGAGCUCGAAGACUUCCAGACUCGCUGGGAGCGCCAGCUGAGCAACGCCAAGACCGAGCAGCACCUCCUCGAGCGUCUCAGCCUGUCCACGUCCAAGACCGAACAUCUCCAAGACCGUGUCGCACAUUUGGAAGAGAAGCUCGAGAUCGCCAAGGAAGCCGCUCCUGCCAAGUCCGCAGCCGCUCUGCCCACCGCAUCUUUCCAGCCCAAGGCCGUGGCACCUGCCGCACCCGUUGUGUCGAAGGCCAUGGAUCUCCCAGAGAAGAUUUCGCCCCAGGCGUUGCGGGAGUCCAUCAUGGUCUUGCAAGAGCAGUUGCAGGCACGCGAGCAGCGCAUCGAAGAGCUCGAGUCUACCGUCGACAAGCUGGAUCCCGAAGCUCCUACCAAGAUUGCCAAGCGUGAUGACGAGAUCACUUGGUUGCGCGAGCUUCUUGCCGUGAGACAUGGCGAUUUGCAAGACAUCAUCCUUGCCGUCUCUGCCGAAGACUUUGACAGGGAAGCCGUCAAGGAUGCGUCCAUCCGUCUCAAGGCCAACCUUCAAAUGGAGGAACAGGAACGCGAGCGUGCGAUGAAUGGCGGAUCAGCAAUCAAUCUGCCCAACAUUGCACAGUCACUUCGGGAGGCUGCAUCACCUCGUGUUGCUCAAGCUGUAGGACCCCUGGCUGCAGCCUGGGGUAACUGGCGCAAAUCUCAACAACCCAUCUUUGCUUCUGGCGGACGAAGCGGUAGGCCCUCUACGGCCCGUCCUACUGUCAACAGCAACCACACCCCGUCCCGAUCUACCGCGUCGGCCUCUUUCAGCAACAACCACAACGGACUGAUGACCCCGCCGGCUUCCGGUCUCCGUCAGACCCCUCCUUCGAACGCUACGCGUGCGGAGGAACCUCAACCAACGGCGUUCCAGACCACUGGACGUCGGUACACGGCUCAGCAAUUGCAAGCCAGGAACCGAGGACCGUCCAUCACGGAGGUGCCAUCCGAGCCGAUGCCCCUCAAGAGCCCGCCCGCUCGCCGUCCGUCGAGCCGUUCCCAACAGCCCAUGACUCCUCCGAUGAUGCGGUCAAGCGGCUACGACUCAGAUGCUCACCCGGGCGACUUUGACGACACUGACUUCUUCGAGGACUAA